AUGUCAGCCGAAUAUCCGUCUGAAAAAUGUCUUAUUACGAUGCCAGACGUCGUCAUGAACAAAUUGUUGGGGUUGUUGGAUUUCCCGGCGGUACAAUGCCUACGGAAAACCUGUCCCACGCUUCGUAACUUCAUUGAUGACGUGAAACCGAACUCCGCAUUGAUCAUACUAGAAAUCAAAGUCGAGCCUAAUUGCAUUACCUCGUUGUACUAUUUGGAGGACUUCGUUGAAAUCAAAGAGAACCUUAUUAGAAUCAAGUACUGCAAAACCCCAGAAGGAUGUAGUGUUGAAUGGGAUAAGCGAGACAACCGACAACAAAAGAAACUUCUGGAAUCCGAUGACUUUGUUGACGCUGCUUCGAAGGAUAUAAUCUCAGUACUGGCGAAUCAGAAGUCAGUUAUGGAAUCAUUAAAUGUUGAAGCAGUCAGCCCUCCAGAUGAUAUACUGGAAGAACACAAAGAAAUUUUACAUAAAGUAUUUGAGCAAUUCUUAUCAAAUCUGGAGUCUUACCUGGCUUCCGAACCAAAAAGUCUCAAUGUCAAAACUUUCGAAACCAACGUUGGCGACGAGACUCAAAUUCUCCAUAUCCUACCACAUAUUGACGUUGGAGACCUCACAAUUUGGAAUCCAAAUAGAUAUAAAGUCGAAGUUUUAAAUAUACAAGAGUUGAUAAAGUUGGAGCAAUGGAAAAAAUUGGACUCUCUGCACAUUUCGUGUUUUUGUGUGGAUUUGAAAAUUGAAGAUUUACUUCAUUUAAAGUGGUGCGAUUUGCAGUAUGAGACAGUGAGCAGCGAUAUGAUUGAGGAACUGAAGGAGGCCUUCCGUACCACUUCUCACCUCGAGUCAUUCAGAAUAUUUGGCCAGUCUGAUAUUCAACAAUUGAUGGAUCCACGUUAUGCUGGCCCCCAUAUAGAAAAUCGACUUUAUAACGUUACUAACUCAUGGUUUUUCUCCGUUUCUGCACCUGAACGAGUUCUUAAGGUUUCAUUUAGCUCUUCCCAAGUUCUGUUCGAGUUUGAUUUGUUGGUGAAUGUUCCAGAAGGGGCAACUAUUAAUUGA